GGCACUCUGAUCACGUGAAAACACGUGUUUAAUGUCUACUUCCGCUUAACUCUAAAGCUCUUAGUGAAGAACUUGAGGAUCUGAUCAAUGCGGUCAACAUGGUUCUGUCCACACCAGGGGUUUUAUUGUGUUUUAUACUCAUCUCUGUCACACUCACUUCAGCUGCUCCGAGCUUCACGCUGGAUUACAGAAACAACAGCUUCCUGAAGGAUGGAGAAUAUUUCCGCUACAUCUCGGGCAGUAUUCACUACAGCAGGAUCCCCAGGAUCUACUGGAAAGACCGACUGGUGAAGAUGUUCAUGUCUGGACUCAACGCCGUCCAGACAUACGUACCCUGGAACUUCCACGAGCACCUGCCGGGUGUGUACAACUUCAGUGAAGAUCGAGAUCUGGAGUCUUUCCUGCAGCUGUGUAAGGACAUCGGGCUGCUGGUGAUCCUGAGACCUGGACCUUACAUCUGUGGCGAGUGGGACAUGGGCGGCCUGCCUGCGUGGUUACUGAAGAAGAAAGACAUCGUCCUUCGGUCAUCAGAUCCCGAUUAUUUACUGGCGGUGGAUAAAUGGAUGGCGAAGUUGUUACCGAUUGUUAAGCGCCACCUUUAUCAAAAUGGAGGACCGAUUAUUACAGUACAGGUGGAGAACGAGUACGGCAGUUACUUUGCGUGUGAUUUUGAUUACCUACGUCACCUUCUCAAACUCUUCCGCUAUCACCUGGGGGACGACGUGGUUCUGUUCAGCACAGAUGGAGCUGCGGUCGAUUAUCUGAAGUGUGGAGCUCUGCAGGGCGUCUACGCUACUGUCGACUUCGGGCCUGGUGGAAACGUGACAGAAGCUUUUGCAGCUCAGAGACAGGCUGAACCUCGCGGCCCUCUGGUGAACUCUGAGUUCUACACCGGCUGGUUGGAUCACUGGGGAGAACCUCAUUCUGUCGUCUCUACUGACAUCGUGGUCAAGUCCCUGAACCAGAUCCUGGAACUCGGUGCAAACAUCAACCUCUACAUGUUUAUCGGAGGCACAAAUUUUGCGUACUGGAACGGAGCGAAUACGCCGUUCGCCCCUCAGCCCACCAGCUACGACUACGACGCUCCGCUCACCGAGGCUGGAGAUCUGACGCCCAAAUACUUUGCCAUCCGUGAUGUCAUCAAAAAGUAUAAGACGAUACCGUCUGGAGUUUUGCCGCCGUCUACACCGAAGUUUGCGUACGGAGUCGUGCAGAUGAAGAAAUUGAAGACUGUAUCCGAAUCUCUGGACAUUCUCUCCCUCUCUGGUCCUGUAAAGACUCUUUAUCCUCUCAACUUCAUUGAGCUCAAUCAGCACUUCGGCUUUGUUAUGUAUCAGACUUCACUUCCUGUGGACUGUUUAAACCCGACUCCUCUCUCAUCUCCUCUGAACGGAGUUCACGACCGAGCGUACGUCUCUGUAGACGGAGUGGCUGUAGGGAUCCUGGAGAGAGACAGGACUCUCAGUAUUAAUAUAACUGGGAGAGCUGGGAGCAGACUGGACGUGUUGGUGGAGAACAUGGGACGCGUCAAUUACGGCAAAUACAUCAACGACUUCAAGGGUCUGGUGUCAAAUCUCACACUGGGACCAGAAACUCUGAGGAACUGGACAGUGUUCAGUCUCAGUAUAGACGAGGUGGUGAAGGAGGGGCUGCUGUGGGACACGACCUCUCGACAGGGUGAUGACCACGCCCACUCCAAAGCCCCACCCGCCUAUUACCUGUCCCCGCCCACAUUCUACAGAGGCACGCUGGAGAUUCCUGAUCACAUUCCAGACCUGCCGCAGGACACGUACAUCCAGUUCCCUGACUGGAGCAAGGGUCAGGUUUGGAUCAACGGUGUGAACGUGGGUCGUUAUUGGCCGUCUCGUGGUCCUCAGGUCACACUGUUUGUUCCCGCGUCUCUCCUCAGCACCGAGUCGCCCAAUAACAUCACACUGCUGGAGCUGGAGGUUUGUCCCUGCAGCCAGGGCAAGUGUGUGGUCGAGUUCACACACACUCCACUUAUCAACUCUACUGUCACACACAUCAAACCGUACACAAGGGAGAAAACUCUGAACACACACUGAACACACACUGAACACACACA